AUGGCGUCUUUCGCACCGGGACUGCGGAGGCUCGCCCUCAAGGCGUCGCCUUCGCUGUUCGUAUGCCGACAAUGCCAGCGCCAACAGCCGCAAUGGCGCUCCUCGUCCUCUCGAAUCCUCGACAUCGUACGAUCGCAGCAGCAGCAGCAGACCCGAUGCUUCAACCAGACCAAGGCGCCCCUGAGCUUCAGCAGCAACGCCGUCGUCGACAAGACCUCUCCGAUUAUCCAGCAGGCCACCGAGGCCGCCAAGGACACCGUCAAGAAGAGCGCCUGGCCGGAGACGAACUCCAAGUCGGUGGCCUACUGGCUUCUUGGUUCCGCCGUCAGUGUCUUUGGCAUCGUUGUCUGGGGUGGUCUUACGAGGUUGACUGAAUCUGGGUAUGCCUGCACCUCGACAGAACUCUCCUGGAGCUUGACUAACACCGUAAUCAGCUUGAGUAUCACCGAAUGGCGUCCCGUAACCGGUUCCAUGCCCCCUCGUAACGAAGCCGAUUGGGAAUCCGAAUUCGAAAAGUACCGCGCCUCUCCCGAGUUCAAGCUCCUCAACCCGCACAUGACCAUGGACGAGUUUAAGAAGAUCUACUUCAUGGAGUGGUCUCACCGCCUCUGGGGCCGCUUCAUCGGAAUGUCCUUCGUCCUGCCGACUCUGUACUUCAUCGCCCGCCGCCGCGUCACGCCCAAGAUGGCCCUCAAUCUCUGCGGAAUCUCCUGCCUCAUCGGCUUCCAGGGCUUCAUCGGCUGGUGGAUGGUCAAGUCCGGCCUCAAGGACGACCUCUUCGCUCCCGGCUCCCACCCCCGCGUCUCCCAGUACCGCCUGACCGCCCACCUCGCCACCGCCUUCGUCUGCUACUCCUGGAUGCUCAUGACGGCCCUGUCCAUCUUCCGCACGCGCCGCCUGCUCGCCGACCCCGUCGCCGCCUCCAAGGCCCUCGCCGCGCUGCAGAACCCGGCCAUCAAGACCUUCCGCCGCCUCUCCUUUGCCCUCGUCGCCCUCGUCUUCACGACCGCCAUGUCCGGCGCCCUCGUCGCCGGCCUCGACGCCGGCCUCAUCUACAACGAGUUCCCCUACAUGGGCCUCGGCCUGACCCCUCCCGCCAAGGAGCUCUGGGACAAGUUCUACUCCCGCAAGGACGACGGCUCCGAUCUCUGGUGGCGCAACAUGCUCGAGAACCCCAGCACUGUCCAGCUCGACCACCGCAUCCUCGCCAUGACCACCCUGACCGCCAUCCUCUCCCUCUUCGCCUACUCCCGCACCGGCCGCGUCGCUGCCGCCCUCCCCAAGGACGUCAAGAAGGGCGUACUCGGUACCGUCCACCUGGUCCUGCUGCAGGCCACCCUUGGCAUCAGCACCCUCAUCUACAUCGUCCCCACACACCUGGCCGCGACGCACCAGGCCGGCGCCCUGGCCCUGUUGACCGGCGCCCUGGUCUUGGGUCACCGUCUGCGCGUGCCCAAGUCCACCCUCGCUAUGGUCCAGAAGCGGAUCAAGGCCAUGAACAUUAAGCCUUGA